AUGAUGAAAGAACUUUAUACAGAAACAUCCCAAUAUCGUAACUGGCGUUUCUCAAAAGCAAAGUUACAAGAAACUCGUGAAAAUAACCACACAUUAGCCGUAGAAAGAGUAAAGAAAAAGUUGUUAGAAGAAUUAAUCUUACAAAAGCAAACUUUAGAUGCUUCUUCUGCAUACAGUGAUCAAACAGAAAGUGUAGAUUCUUCGUCAGAGAUUGAAUAUUUAACUUUGGAAGAUGAGUUGGCAUUAUGCAAUUUUUACGAAACUCGGAUACCUCUAAUGGCAAAUCACUUUCCAAAAGAAGUUAUCGAGAAUAAAUUCACUGACAAAGUAAAAGUAAAUAUCAUUGCACAAAGAUAUCUCUUAAAUGAUACAUCACAUACUGUUUCUUUUGAUCAUUUUGAUAAAAAUAGUGUUACUUGUCUGUUUCUCGCUGCCAAAGUUGAACACUCUUUCGUUGCUAUUGAGGAAUUUACCAAGGUGUUCGAAUUUCCUAAAGAAACGAUAUUUGAACUCGAAAUUGUAGUUUCACAAAGUUUGAGAUAUGAAUACGCGGUUCACCAUCCAUAUUUAGCUUCAUUUGGAUUAUUUCUAGAUAUGCAGGCGAAAGAAAAAGAAGCUUGA